UCCCGCCCCGCCUCUCAGAGUCCCGCCCCCCAAUAGCCUCGCCCUGUCCCCGCCCUUCGGGCUGGCUCGGCCCUCAGCUCCCGGCUGUCCACCGCAGCUGGCCUGUCCAAGAUGGAGGGCUCUCCACCCGCGCCGUUUGCCCUCCGGCUGCUCCUGCUCGCGGCGCUGCCGGCCGCCGGGUGGCUGAUGACCGUUACCCAUGAGCUGCCCCUGCCGCCCCGAGCCCCGAAGGACAGCCUCAGAAUUAAUGUAACUACCCUGAAGGAUGAUGGGGCUGUAUCUACAGAACAGGUUAUUCUUAACAUAACCUACGAGAGUGGACAGGUAUAUGUAAAUGACUUGCCUGUCAAUAGUGGUGUAACCCGAAUAAGCUGUCAGACUUGGAUAGUGAAGAAUGAAAAUCUGGAAAAUUUGGAGGAAAAAGAAUAUCUUGGAAUUGUCAGCGUCAGGAUUUUAGUUCAUGAGUGGCCUAUGACGUCUGGUUCCAGUUUGCAACUAAUUGUCAUUCAAGAAGAGGUAGUAGAGAUCGAUGGAAAACAAGCUCAACAAAAGGAUGUUACUGAAAUUGAUAUUUUAGUUAAGAAUCAGGGAAUACUCAGACAUUCAAGCUAUACGCUACCUUUGGAGGAAAGCAUGCUGUAUUCUCUUUCCCGAGACAGUGACAUUUUAUUUACCCUUCCUAACCUCUCCAAAAAAGUAGAAAGUGUUAGUUCAUUGCAGACCACCAGCCAGUAUCUUAUCAGGAAUGUGGAAACCACCGUAGAUGAAGAUGCUUUACCGGGCAAGUUACCUGAAACUCCUCUCAGGGCAGAGCCUCCAUCUACGUAUAAGGUGAUGUGUCAGUGGAUGGAGAAGUUCAGAAAAGAUCUGUGUAGAUUCUGGAGCAGCGUUUUUCCAGUGUUUUUUAUGUUUCUGAACGUCAUGGUGGUUGGAAUUCUAGGAGCAGCUGUGGUAAUAACCAUCUUAAAGGUGCUUUUCCCAGUUUGUGAAUACAAAGGAAUUCUUCAAUUGGAUAAAGCAAAUGUUAUACCUGUGACAGCUAUCAACUUAUUUCCAGAUGAUACUGAGAAAAGAGCAAAAAACCCUGAAGAUAAAACAUGUGUUUAAAUCAAA